AGAAGUCAUUUCGGUCAUAUUGAUUGAGCUUCCGCAUCUCAACUGCAACCCUGUAUUAUGCAGAACGGAUUUGCCCAAGGGGUUUUUUUUCAGCUGAUGUAAUAGAAGUAAUAUUUAUAUCAGGCACGAUUUUCACCAGUGAUAUCGGAAGGGGUCUUCUGGAUAUCUAUGAGCUUUUUACUUUCGGUUUGUUUUGGACCAACAGAACAACAACUCAACAGAUACAGCUGGAAUUCGUUUGAUCACGUUGAUGUGAAACUGGCGAGGGCUUAUCCUGAAUUCGUUGGCAUGCAAACAUAAGUCAACUGUUUUAAAAAACAUGACUGCAGAGCUGGCUACUUGUUGUAAUGUUGUGUUUGAAGAAGAUGAUCAUCAGGAAUACCUUUUGUAUUCAGGACAAAGUAUAACUCUACCUCCAUUAAUUCAUCCAAAUGCAUGGAAACUCCAGGGAACACCUAUACAAUUUUGUGCCACUUCACUGUCAUCACCUGCUCUUCAAGGAUUUGAAGAAAGGUUUCAAACCAUAACUGUGAUGGAACUGUAUUCUGGGAAGAGUGUGGAUGAGCUGCGUUUAGAGGACUAUAAGUUGGUGAGGAAACGAAAAACUAAAAGGGUAACUAAGCCGUUCAAAAGCUCAGCUAGUCAGUAUUCAAGAGGCGUUACAUCACAUUGUUGGUCCAAUUCAAGGGUUGAAACGAACGAUCCAAGCCCGAUGAUCACAGAUUCUAGCACAAACGAUGCUCAAGAGCAACCGUCACAGAGCUCUUAUUAUUCCACCGCACAACCAUUGGCUGUUCCCAGUGACGUGUCCCACCAAUCAGCAGAAGAAUCAGAGCAAGUGCCAAUCGUGACUGUUUCAAUUGGAAAAUACCUCAUGCCCUCUCUGCUUGGGAGCAUUAUCAAGUGCAUGCAAAUCCAAAACUGUCUCCACAAGCUAGUGUUACUCGAACUGGGACGGAAAACUGCCAGAUCUGCAGGCCACAGUGACACAGGUUCAUAUAGACCGGAGACUAGCCACACAGAAAGCUUAGAGGAGAAUCAUGAGGGCGACUCGAGGGAUCUAUUGUGUGAGCUAAAGGAUCCGCUGGUGGGGCUGAUGCGCAGUGCAGAAAUUCAAAGAAGUUUUUUUCAAAGAUUGAUCACGUUGAACUCAAUGAGUACUGAUGUAUCAGCUGGUCCAUCAAAUAAUACUUCAUCUCCAGAAUCGUCUCAGGUUAAAAUGCCGACCAUUCGUGCCAAUCUCGAAGAGAUCGCACUUAAAACCAGAAUGCUUUGUUACUAUGCAAGAAACCCUUUCACCAGCUACCAAGUCAAAGCAAUGACCAGCAAGGAUGUGUUGCAAUGUUUAUGUCAGGUUGACGGUCCUUUAAGCUCCCAGGUAGUCAAUGGCAGGGCGAGAGGUCAGCGGAAACUUCCUCAUGGACAUGGAAGCCUGAAAGCGGUGACAGGGAGACUUUUAUACAGAGGAGACUGGUGCAGAGGUAUGAGACACGGUAAAGGGGAAGGCUUUAUUCUGGCAGUACCACCAGAAAGUGACAGCCCUGCAAUUAAUGAAGAUGGCUUUUACACUGGUGGAUGGAAGAAUAACAUGAGGCAUGGUCAUGGAAAGAUGACGUUUAUAUCCGGUGCUAUCUAUGAAGGUCUGUGGCAGUACGAUAAAAUGUCAGGAUAUGGAACCUUAAAGUUACCGAAUGGGACCAUCCAGGAAGGGAUCUGGAAGGAUGGAUCACUGGACGGCAUAGCUCUCUUCACUUGGCCUCAUGGUGUCACAGAGUAUCGCGAAUACAAACAUGGCCAAGUAUUUGUAGGUCAGCUGUCCAGGGGUCAAAUUGACAAAGAAACUGCAUCAAAGUUUUCGCAGAUGAGUUACAUAAGAUCACAGCUCUCAUCUUUGGUGGAAAGUGUGACAAAGUUAAAAGACGCUAAAUUGGACCUCAAAAGCCAACUGGACAUACUGAGAACUGCUCAGGCAGUGUUGGAGAGAAACUACAAACUUGAACCCACUCUUUCUGAAGUACGCCAAAGUUUUGAAAUUCAACGCGGGAAGGUUUCUGACGAAGUGAGGAUAGAGUUCGAGCAGAAGUUUAAAGAUGCAGAAGAGAGCCACAUGAAAAACAAUGAAAGAAUAAGCCAGUUAGAGAGAGAGUUAGAACAAUCUAGAGGAUCGGAACUGUGCCAAAUCUGUUUUGAACGACAACGUAACUGUGUCAUUAUGCCUUGCACACAUUUGCUUUACUGUAGGAUAUGUGUGACUGAGCAUAAGAGGAAAGGGGAUUCCCGCUGCCCCACUUGCCGCGGGCCUAUCUGCGGAGAAUUGGAAGUAACAAGAAUAUGAAACUACGGUGCUAAUGUUCCGAAAGGGUGCAAAGUUGGUGGCUAUCGAGGACAUCAUGGUGUCCUAACAUGCAGUCUGCGUUUCUCUGGUGAGCCUUAAAACUCAUCGUCCUUGGAAGAAAAUAGAAAUGAAGGGAAAACGUAAAGUAGUCUUAAUUGCGCGAAACGGGUCAAGAAUGACAUCGCUACUCAUGCCUUACAUGACUUUAUUACCCCCUUAAGUUGUUUCUUGAUGUCAGAACAACCCUUUAUCUUCAUUGACAAAACCAUUUUUUUUUCAGCUCAAUUUCCAGCGAACAAUAGAAACAAGACUUUUACUUGGUCCGACCAUGAUGAGUUUAUUUCAUGCAAGGUUAAAAAAAACCUUGGUCUUUUACGUGGGAUUAAGUAUUAUUUACCUUAUAAUGCCCGGUUACUUUUUUUAUAAUAGCUCAGUGGUGCUACCUAUUUUUUAUUAUGCUGAUUUAGUCAGGGGUGACAAGGACAAUGUCACACUAAUGAAGGAAUUGCAAAUUCUGCAAAACAAAGCAGCUAAGUUGAUAUUAGAUAGAUCACUUCACUCCUCAUCCACUGAUGCAUUAACAGUCUUGAGAUGGCCAAAUCUUGAAGAACGUAGGAAAUGUCAUCGAUGUAUGUAUGC